GAUGCUUGUUCUUCACGCAGCUUCGAUGUGAUUUUCUCAAACUGGCUGUUCAUGUACCUAACGGAUGAGGAGUUGCUACAGCUGGUGAACAGCAUGCUGCGUUGGUUGCGUCCUGGAGGUCAUCUUUUCUUUCGCGAGUCCUGCUUCCAUCAAUCUGGUGAUUCAAAACGAACCUUCAAUCCCACGAUUUACAGGAAACCUGCUCAAUACAAUCACAUCAUGCAAGCUGGCUUCCAGCAGGCCAAUGGGAACGAAAAGAGCUUUGGCUUUGAGUUGGUUAUUUCCAAAUCUGUGCAGACAUACAUCAAGCUGAAGAAGAAUCAGAACCAAGUGUGCUGGCUGCUGGAAAAGGUCUCACGGGAAAAUGCGGGCCACCAGGGUUACGCCACCUUCCAGCAGUUCCUGGAUGGGAAGCAGUAUUCCCGGCAAGGCAUCCUCCGCUACGAGAAGAUCUUUGGUGAAGGCUACGUGAGCACUGGAGGACCUGAUACCACCAAGGAGUUUGUAUCACUGUUGGAUUUGCAAGCGGGACAGAAAGUGCUGGAUGUUGGGUGUGGGAUUGGAGGUGGUAACUUCUACAUGGCCAAGGCCUUCAAGGUGGACGUGCUUGGGAUGGACCUGUCCUCUAACAUGGUAGAAAUUGCCAUGGAGAGAGCCACAGAAGACAGCACAUUACUGGUGCAGUUUGAAAUCAGUGACGCGACCAAGCGGGAGUUUCCGGAGGAAUCGUUUGACGUGGUGUAUAGCCGCGACACCAUCUUGCACAUUGCAGACAAGUUUGCCCUCUUUAAAAGGUUUUAUAGGUGGUUAAAACCUGGGGGAAAGUUGCUGAUCACUGACUACUGUUGUGGAGAAAAACCCUGGACAUCGAAGUUUGAGGAUUAUGUCAAACAAAGGGGCUACAUCCUGUACUCUGUGUCCAAAUAUGGCAAGUUUUUGGAAGAAGCAGGUUUCCAGAAUGUUCGAGCUGAGGACAGGACGGAUCAAUUUGUGGACAUUCUUAACAAGGAGCUGGAACGGACCAAGAGCAUUCAGGAUGAGUUUAUCAAGGAAUUCUCUGAAGACGACUACUCGUACAUCGUGGACGGCUGGAGCAAGAAGCUGGAGCGCUGCGAAGCGGGAGAUCAGAAGUGGGGCUUGUUUUAUGCCGAGAGACCCAUCAACGCCAGUAAUGGUGUCUGAGACAACAAAUAUCGAAUGUUUUACUCACACCGCAGUCAUUCAUGCACACAUGCGGUCAAUGUGUUUUGCUUAACACGGCCAAACAUCAUGACGUUUUAACCUGUGGAGUAUGACCAGUGUGAUGAUGUUCUCCGUUCAAAUAAGCUCCAAGACAACUGCUAUAUAUUUAGAGCUAUUAAAUUUACCAAGAAUACAUUCACAAAUCACGUGAGAACUAGUCAAUAUCUUAAACGUGUUCAUAAAAAAAAAUAAGGAGCUCCAAAUUUACACUCAAUACUUAAGUGUAAUAUUUUGCCCAUAAAUCUGUCAUUGAAAUAAUGAUUAUUAUCUUAAUACGAUUAACUGAAUUUAGAAGUACAGUGCAGAUUUAGGCAUUACAAAUAAGUGUGUGUUUUAUGCGAUUUUAAAACAUGUGAUUUCCCCUUCCCCAUUUAAGCAAUAAAACACUUCAUGACCAGUAACGUAUGUUCAUUAUCAUUUGCAUUAGCAGAGCACAGUACCGAACAAAUGUACUGCAAUGUUAUUGUCAUGCUUUCUGUUUCACAAAACUAUUAAACAUAUACAAUUUA